ACCUCGGAAGCGGAAGCCGUGACGGCGGCGACGUCCGGCCGGGGACGGAGCAGUGGUUGAAGUUGGGGCUCCGGGAGCGGGUCCGGCUGAGGUUCCGCCGGCGGCGGCAGCAGCAGCAGCCACCGCGUCCGCGCGGGACGAUGAGGCGGAACUCUUGUGUGAAGUAUUAUGUGUGUCUGGAGAAGGUGGAGCAUAGGAAAGGGAAGUGCAAUAGGACAAAACAGAAAUGUCUGAAAACAUCUGUUUUUGAACAAAAUUGGGCAGAGAUGAGGCACGGGAAAUCAUCACCUCCAAAGGAUUUACUUGGAGUAAAAGAUCACUGACUACUACAAUGGAAAAGUCAUGGAUGCUUUGGACCUUUGUUGAAAGAUGGCUACUAGCUUUGGCUUCCUGGUCUUGGGGUCUCUGCCGUAUUUCUCUUUUACCUUUGAUAGUAACUUUUCACUUAUAUGGAGGCAUUAUGCUACUUAUAUUAAUAUUUGUAUCAAUAGCAGGUAUAUUAUAUAAAUUCCAGGAUGUAUUGCUUUACUUUCCUGAACAGCCCUCUUCAUCACGCCUUUAUGUUCCUAUGCCUACUGGUAUACCACAUGAAAACAUCUUCAUCAAAACCAAAGAUGGAGUUCUUCUCAAUCUUAUUCUGCUGAGAUAUACAGGGGACAAUGCAGCAUAUUCUCCAACCAUCAUUUACUUUCAUGGGAAUGCAGGCAACAUUGGCCACAGGUUGCCAAAUGCUUUGUUAAUGCUGGUAAACCUGAAAGUAAACUUACUCCUUGUUGAUUAUAGAGGGUAUGGAAAAAGUGAAGGAGAAGCAAGUGAAGAAGGUUUGUACUUAGAUUCUGAGGCUGUGUUAGACUAUGUGAUGACUAGGUCAGAUCUUGAUAAAACAAAAAUUUUUCUUUUUGGCCGUUCCUUGGGGGGAGCAGUAGCUGUUCAUUUAGCUUCCGAAAAUUCCCAUAGAAUUUCUGCCAUCAUGGUGGAGAACACCUUUCUUAGCAUUCCACAUAUGGCCAGCACUUUGUUUUCUUUCUUUCCAAUGAGAUAUCUUCCUUUAUGGUGCUACAAAAAUAAAUUUUUGUCCUACAGAAAAAUCUCUCAGUGCAGAAUGCCUUCUCUCUUCAUCUCUGGGUUGUCUGACCAGUUAAUUCCACCAGUUAUGAUGAAGCAACUUUAUGAAUUAUCCCCAGCUCGGACUAAGAGAUUGGCGAUUUUUCCUGAUGGAACUCAUAAUGACACUUGGCAGUGCCAAGGGUAUUUCACUGCACUUGAACAGUUCAUCAAAGAAGUAAUAAAGAGUCACUCCCCUGAAGAAAUGGCGAAAACAUCAUCUAAUGUAACAAUAAUAUAACUGAUAUUCUUUUGCUGGGAGGGGGAACACUGCACUGUACCUUGAUUUGUGAAAAGUGGUAAAAGAAUGUCCAUUUUUAAAUGUAUAUCAUGUCUGUACUUGCCUAAAGAGUGAAAUUAAACUUGGAAAGGUCUAAUGCUUUAUUAAGAUAUUCCAGAUAACUUUUACACUUGCAGCAUUGUAAAUGAACCAUUCUACAUGUUUCCCAUACUUUUUUGAUAUCUUUGUCCAUAUCUUCCAUUUGUUUGAUAUGUACAAUGGAUGCUAUUAAAGGAAAAAAAACCCAA